AUGUGGAUUGUGGUGUGUGGGUGCCGCCGCAACCGGCACCGCGUGCGGCGCGGGGGCGUCGCACCCCUCCCCGUGGCGCUGCUGGUGGCGCUGGCGCUCGUUGCCGCGGGUGCCUGGAUGCCCACGGCGCACGCCGUGUUUUUCCACAUGCGGGGCGGGACGGUGGACCGAGCCGUCACCGUUGGCCGCGCCGUGGACACCGUGCUGAUGGACGGCGUGUCCAUCACGAACGGCGUGUCUGUGGUGUUCGACGUUGCGGCGAUGCUGCCCGGUGCGCUGCGCAUCGAUAUGAGGGACUGCGUGUGCGAAGGCGGGGCGCAGGUCUACGUGCAGGGCUACCGCGGCGAGCCGGCGAGCGACCGGAGCCUGGAGGUGCGCGUGAGCGGGCUGGCCGGGAGCUACUGCGCGCUCGUGUUCGCGUACAACCUGCCGGCGCACACGAACGUGACGGUCCGUGACUCGACGGUUGUGACGCCGGGACCGAUGAGCUACGCCCAAAUCGACGGGCUGAAGGACGUGGCGGCGUCGCCGCUGGUGCUGCACGCGACGUCGCUCUUGCAUGCGCAGCUGCGCGUGAACAACACCGUGCUGUCGUCGUCGUACGCCGGCGGGUCGGCGAUGUACGUUGGCGGCGGUGUGGACCUGCUGUCGAGCGCAGUGCUGCUUGACGGUGUGUCGCUGCAGGCGUCGGGCGGUUCCACUGCGCACGCGAUGUAUGUGGCGCCCGCGUCGCGGCUCAGCCUGCGGCGCCAGUCGGUGUUCUCCAUGACGAACGUGUCGGUCGCGAGCAGCGGCGGCGGCUUCGUGCUUGGCGAAAAACUCACGCUGUCCGCCUCCGUGCUGCGCUUCGUGGGCAUUCACGGGUCUUUCGCGUCCUCGCUGGUGCGCUGCGACGGGGGGACGAUCGGGGCCGGCGGGUGGCUGGACCUGUACGACGUGUGGGCGCUGGGCGAGGCGUCGUCGGUGGCGUCCCUGUCGGCGGUGACGCUGAGCGGCGGCGGCGUGUCGGUUGCGCGCUGCGUUGCCGGCGGCGCGACGCUUGUCGUCGGGCCGGAGGUCGUGAGCGGCGCGGUGUCCGUGCAGUGCAACCGUGCCGGCGGCCGGAUGCUGCAGAGCAGCGGCGACUAUCGGCUGGCGGGCCUGCCCUCCGUGGGCGUGGUGCCGUGCGACAGCUGCGCGGCGGCGCUGACCUGCUUCGGGGCGCUGACGGCGUCCUUCUCCGACUGCGCGUGCAACUGCAGCGCCGGCGGCGUGGGCGCGGCGUGCCUGCCGUUCGACGUGCCGCUCGCGAAGACCAACAGCAGCGGUGGCGCGCAGGGCUGCGUGCGUGGCGUGACGCUGACGGAGUCCACGGCGGUGGGCUUCGGGCAGGCGACGGCGUGCUUCGACUCGGUGGUGUUCAGCGGGCCGAUCACCGUGACGGCGGAGCUGGGCUCGAUGGACGCCUUCGCGGACGCGCUGAACGUGACGCUGCGCCACUGCGUGCUUGCGGGCGGCGCGCAGCUGCGGAUUGUGGGCGUCAGCGAGGGCAUGGCGCGCCUGAUGCCCCGCGUCGUCGUCAACAUGACGAACGUGACGUCGACGGAGGGCACGAUUGUGCUGCGGGGCGCUAUGCCGCUGAACUCGAGUGUGCUGCUGGCGAACUCCUCGCUGCGCGCGACGGUUGGCGGGUCGCAGUACGUGCCGACGACCGCCGGCUCCGAGGGGGCCCGCUACGGCCCCGCGCUUGUCCUGGACGGCGUCCGGCUGCUGUCGACGCAGCUUGUCGUGACGCGGUCGACGCUGGCGUGUGGCGGGAGCUCGUGCGCCGCGAUCCUCGUGGAGCACGGCCUCAGCGCGAACCUGUCAAGCGCCUUCUACAUGGACAACUGCGCCGCCACCUCGGAGGCGCACGUGAUGCACGCCCUUGCCUCGGACCUGAGCGUCGGCGGCGGCUCCGUGUUCUCGGUGCAGAACAGCUCGUGGCGGGCGGCGGGCGGCGGGUACUACGAGGCCGCGUGCACGUUUAAUAACGUUGUGGUGGACGCUGGCAGCGUGCUGCAGUUUGUGUCGAGCAAGUUUCGCCUUGGCUUUGCGCUGCUCAGCACAGACACGCUGGCCGUGAGCGGCGGCAGCUGGCUGGUGCACCGCGACAGCGAGUUCCGCACCACCUUCGUGAUGUACGUGUCUUACUUCAACGGCCUGUCCGUCAACGAUCAGAGUGUGUGGUCGAUACUUGGCAACAAGUUUAUGCGCGGUUCGUACUCGUCCGCCGUGUCCAUGACGUCAUAUUGGUCGAUGCCGCGUGGGCGAGACCGACCAUCUACGGCAUGUGCAACGAGAAGAUGGGCUCUGCCGUGA